UCCCUCCCGGCAGCUUGCCCGGGAGCGCUGGGGCGGGAGAGGGGCCGCCUUUCCGCGGCCGGAGGGGCCGUUACCUGCAGGGCCGAAGUCGCACCUGGGCUCCUCGCAGCUGGUGGAGGAGAGGCCUCCCUCAGCCCAGGAUCAUAGAAUAGAAUCAUAGAAUGUGUUGGGUUGGAAGGGGCCUUUAAAGGUCAUCUAGUCCAACCCCCCUGCAGUGAGCAGGACAUCUUUAACUAGAUCAGGUUGCUGGGAGCCUCAUCAAGCCUGGCCUGGAUGUGUGGAUGCGCCUCACCUCCCCGUCCUCACCUCCGCUUCCCGAGAGAAGGGGCCGCAGCCCGGGAAAGGAGUCAGGGCACCCGCGGUCCCCGGAGAGAGACUGAAACUGCUUGAAAGAUGAGAUCACAUCCGAGAAACUGUUUGGGGUAAAAUUGUGGAUUACAGCAGGGCCAAGAGAAAAGUUCAGUGCUGCUGAGUUUUCAGUUCUGAAGAAAUUCCUGGAGGAUGGUGGAGCCAUCCUGGUGAUGCUCAGAGAAGGCGGAGAGACACGAUAUGGCACAAAUAUUAACUUUUUGUUAGAAGAAUAUGGGAUCGUUUUCAAUAAUGAUGCUGUAGUACGAAAUGUAUAUUACAAGUACCACCACCCAAAAGAAGCAUUGAUCUCUGAUGGAGUUUUGAAUAGGGGAAUCAGUGAAGCUGCAAGAAAAACAUUGCUUGAGACAACAGAUGAAGAUGGAAGUGGACAUGACUCACAAGCGCUCACUUUUGUGUAUCCAUUUGGUGCCACACUGAAUGUGAUGAAACCAGCGGUGGCUAUUCUGUCAACGGGAUCUGUCUGCUUCCCGCUCAACAGGCCUAUUCUUGCUUUUUAUCAGCACGAGCUCAAGGAAGUUAUAGACACAAGGGUAGAAGAUGAAGCCAGAGACAGAGGUUGUCUCCCAAGCAGAGCAGAGAAACUUGGUAGAAGGAAAACAAGAUCUCAUGGAGAGAAAGAGAGAUAUGGUAAAGAAGAGCAACAGAAGGUGAAGGAAUGGAAAAGUCAAGGUGGAAAGAUGGCAGCGCUGGGAUCUUCCCACAUGUUCAGUGAUCAGUAUUUAGAUAAAGAAGAAAAUGGUAAGAUCAUGGAUGUGCUUUUCCAGUGGCUCACAACAUCAGAUAUCCAUUUAAACCAGAUGGAUAUGGAGGACCCUGAGAUUUCAGACUAUACCAUGCUCCCAGACACAGCCGCGCUGUCUGAGCAACUGCGAGUCUGUCUGCAAGAAGGAGAUGAGAACCCAAGAGACUUCACAAAGCUGUUUGAUACAUCCCUGUAUCAGCUGGAUACAACUGCCCUCCCUUCAGUUAUCAAAGCUUAUGAACAGCUGAAUGUGAAGCAUGAACCCCUCCAACUCAUUCAGCCUCAAUUUGAGACUCCGCUACCUGUCCUCCAGCCAGCUGUUUUUCCACCUGCUUUCAGAGAAUUGCCUCCUCCCCCUCUGGAGCUGUUUGACUUGGAUGAAACUUUUUCUUCUGAGAAAGCUCGUCUUGCAGAGAUUACAAACAAAUGUACUGAUGAUGACCUGGAGUUUUAUGUACGAAAAUGCGGUGAUAUUCUAGGAGUAACAAGUAAACUCCCAAAAGAGAAGCAAGAUGCCAAACAUAUCCUGGAGCACAUCUUCUUCCAAGUGGUUGAGUUUAAGAAACUGAAUCAGGAACAUGAUACUGACACAAGUGAAGCUGGAUUCCAGAAUGGUAACUGAGACCUGGCUUUCCCCAGUUUGAGACAGACCUUUUAGUAAAAACGUACUUUUCCAUUUU